GGAGAGCCGCGGCAGUCCGUUCACUUCCUGCUGUGCCGCCCCGCGAAGGUUCAUGCCGCUCGUCUCAUGGCAAGGCUGUCCAGGUGUAGCGGGCCUGCCAGGGGCUCCUCGGCGGGGGCGGGGCACGGCGGGGGUGCGAGGCUGGCUGUGUUCCUUGUUCCCACCCCGCCCCCCACAGCUGUGUUUACGUUGUUUUGCCUGUGGCAUGAAUACUGGCUUCCGAGUGUACAACUGUGACCCCCUCAAGGAGAAGGAGCGACAAGACUUUUCAGAUGGAGGCAUUGGCUAUGUUGAGAUGCUCUUUAGGUGCAACUACUUAGCACUGGUGGGUGGCGGCACCCACCCUAAAUAUCCAACAAACAAAGUUAUGGUGUGGGAUGACCUGAAGAAGAAACACGUCAUUGAGCUGGAGUUUGCGUCAGAGGUGCGGGGAGUCAGACUGCGUCGCGACCGCAUCGUUGUCAUCUUGGAUACCAUGAUCAAGGUGUACACUUUCACUUCCAACCCACAGCAGCUCCAUGUGUUUGAUACUGCACUCAAUACAAAAGGGCUUUGUGUCUUGUGUCCAAACAGCAACAACUCUCUCUUGGCCUUUCCUGGCCCCCGUACUGGCCACGUUCUUAUUAUUGACUUGGCCAACACGGAGAAGUCCCCUUUAGAUAUACUCGCCCAUGACUCACCACUAAGUUGUAUUGCCCUCAACUUACCAGGUACAAAAUUAGCAACAGCCUCAGAGAAGGGAACUCUGAUCAGAAUUUUCGACACAGCUACUGGGACGCAACUGAAUGAACUACGCCGAGGAGCUAAUGCUGCCACCAUAUUCUGCAUCAACUUCAGCCAGGACUCCUCCCUCCUGUGUGUGUCUAGUGACCAUGGCACGGUGCACAUAUUUGCCACUGAGGACGAGGAUAAGAAGAACAAGCAGUCAAGCCUGGCAUCAGCAUCUUUCCUACCAAAGUACUUCAGCAGUAAAUGGAGUUUCUGCAAAUUUGAGGUGCCUGGUGGGUCACAAUGUAUAUGUGCCUUUGGUCCCUCUAGCAACUCAGUCAUUGCUAUUUGUGCUGACGGUAGCUAUUACAAGUUCAGCUUUAGCAGCAAGGGAGAGUGUAACCGUGAAGUGUAUGCCCACUUCUUGGAGAUGACGGAUGACAAGGCAUAAUCCUGGAUGCCUCGAUACCAUUCAGAGGUAGAUCAGGUUCUUGUCCACAGCAUCUUGGGACAGAUGUUUAUUGUACACUUGUAGAGACUCCCCAGGUGAGCCCUCCACCACCCUGUGCUGCAGUGUGUCUGUUUGUGUGUGGUGGUCCAUUAGUAUCUUAGGAGAAAAGACUCCCUCAUUCCACUUGUGGCUAAACACUUAUGUUGGUAUUAUAGUAACACUUUAAUUUUUCUUACCAUAAAUUAUAUCGUGUCUGGAAGGUUAAGCAAAUAGUCCAUUACAGUUUAAUUUAGUAUCAUUGCUCUAUUUUCCAACAUUAGCUCUUUUUCCAGUGUUUUAUUAUGUUAAAUAACAGUUUUUAUUAUAUUCAAUAUUAUUUCAUAUUCUAGUAUGUGUCACAAAUACAUUAAUGUAUAUACAAGACAGGCAAUUAAUACAAAAAAAGUUUUAUUCAGAAGCUGAUUGUCAGAUAAGUGGAAAAAUGGAUGUUGCUGGAGAUUGAUAAAAACGUUUCCACUGAAUACUGAAAACAGAAAUACAAGCAGGCAGCUGUUUUCAUAAAUUUACUUUAACAGUUUAGGAAACAUUCUCGUAUGGGAAUAAGUACGUAACACAGUUGUGAGUUGAUGGGUAUUUAUAAGCUACCACCUUCCUUGACUAUGAAUCAGUUUAUGCUGCCAUCUAGAAUAAUUUCUUUGAAGAUGCAAAUAUCCCUUUCAUAUGCUGUCUGAUGAUCAGUUUGGACAUUUUAGUAGAUGAUCUAUUUUAGAAUAAUUGCCUCAUUCAUGGUGGCUGUAUCCUACGUCCAGCAUGUAUAUAUGUAUAAAUGUACCUUAGUUACAAUGUUUAAAGUUGUAUUCUGACAACAGAACUUAAUGAAGGGGCAUUUCAUAAGGGUACAGAGACUACAGAUCUGUUCUGAAUUAGCCAAAUGAAGGAACUAAUUGUUUUCUAAUUUGGGACAAGCUUUAGCAACUCAAAUUUUCAAUGAUAUGUUGGAAGUGAAUGUCUGAAAUUUCUCAGACAUGCAAUAUUUAUUGGUGGCAAGGAUUAUUCAUGGAGGUCCAACUUUUCAGGAGCUGAUUAAGUUUUAUUCUUUAAUUUAUGAAUGCCUCUACAUAUAAUUUCCAAUUUGUUUAUUAUCUUGACAUUUUUUACAUAAAACGUAUAAGCAGUCAUUGGUGGCAGGUAAAGUGGUGAAACAGAUAUGCCUUGGUGGGUGUAUGGGUGUGGAGCCUAUAGACUGUGGGGCCACGGGUCUUUGCAAGUGUCAGUAUGUGAAUAGUUGCCUCUUUCUUGCUAAGGUUAUGCAUUGUGUCAACCUCCAGGUCAUCUGCAAAUGCCCUCAAGUGGUUUGCUCUGCUGAAGAUGACAGUUGUGAAGCCCACUGGAAUCCCACACUUAUUGCUUACUCUUCCUAAGUAUGCAACAACAGCAUCCUCUAACACAUGGUACCAGGUUAAUGCAAGGGGACUAUUCUGCAUUAGUGUGUCAACCUCCAUGGGUAUGCUAUUAAGCUGCCCACACACACAGAGGACUGGCAUCACGAUUCUGUGAGAAUUGGCGUCAAGAGGCCAAUCCCCACAAAAUCCUCACCGUGUGUGGGCUCUUGAUUCCAAUCGUCAGAUGGAAUUAUCCAGCCUCAUGGAAUUACGUCUGGUUAUAAAUCCAUGUGAGGCCGGGAAAGGAUUGGCGUCAUUGACGGCAAUUGUCUGCGUUUAGGGGACAGCUCGCGCCAGUCACUUGAGGCUGUGAGAUAGGCAUUGCUUGGUCAGAAGGAGUGAUAUCACAGACAUGCUUCUAUAUUAUUUGCCGUAACUCAACUCAUACAUGAGAUAGGACAUUUUGGUUAACACCAUUAAAUGCAGCAGUGAUUGCAGAACUUGAAUAUGUUUGUGAAAACUCAAUAAAACAGAAACUAAAUAAAUAGACAUAAUGUUUAUAACACAUUUUGCAUAUAGCUACCAUAUGCAGUGGUUAUGAAAUGAGUACUAAAAUAAACAAAUACAUCUUAUAGAGAAAAGCCUCCUGAACACGAUGGUGUAUACAGAUUUUUCAUAAAACGCCAAAUAAGUGAAGCACGGAACUAUUUAUAAAAACGUUUCACCUCAUCCUUCAUCUGUGCCCACGGGGGUGGGUGCGAGGGGUGUGUACUGUGUAGUGUUGCUAGGCUCUGUGGGUCAUGUUGCCAUGACAACCCUUGCCUCACCUUGCUUUUUGUGUGGCCACAGAAAUUCGCCUUGCCGCUCUCACUCUCGCUCGCUUUCUCACUCCCUGUGUGGCCGUGGCCUAAUGGAGUUUACGUAAAAAUUGUGCAUGUGUGUGAGAGAGAGAGAGAGAGAGAGAGAGAAUUAUCAGGACUAGGCUAUUGGCGACAUAACCCACCGUUAACACCUCCACACACGCAGACGACUGGCGCCUUGAUGUCUGUCCUCAUGCCAAUCUUUAACGACAAUCGUCAGCGUGUGUGGGGUUUCGUCUAUGAUGCCAAGCCUUGGCUAGUCCACAAAUGAUUGUCCUCACAGAAUCAUGAUGCCAGUCCUCUGUGUGUGUGGGGAGCUUUACGCUGCAAGUUUGUUGUCAAAUCAACCCUCAACCCCAUGACCAUAAACUCCUACAACUUUUGCAGUGUUCUUUGGGAUUAUUUGGUAGCUUAUAUCAAAGCAAUUAAAGUUACAACUAAUAUCAAAACAAGGGUGCACCACAUCCAAGUGAAGACGCUGUUGAAGAAUAUCUUCAUGAACUCCUCAAUAGAGACUGUCUGACAUAACAGUAGAGUUCUGCUUGUUAACAAGGGAGUUGAUGCUGCAGACCAGGAGUCCAUCCAUCCUCAGCCCUGACUGCCUCCCUCUCAACAGAAUUGGCAUUCAUCUUCAUCAUGGACUUGCUCUUACUGCACUGACUGUGGAAAUCAUAUCUAUAUGAAUAGAGUACCUAUCUGCAUAGUUGCACAGGGCUGAUGAGUCUAUAGUUAUGCAUGAGUUGGUGUUGGGUAAAAGAGCCACUUGAAGCCAGCAUUAGAGGCAAUCCUCAAGUAAGCUGCAACAGGUGGCAUGUUGGCCAGGAUGCCCCACAUGGCACAGACUAAGUAGUAUAGUUGCACCCGAACCCCCAUUACUACUGACAUAGGCACACACGGCAGCUGUCCUCCCCAUAAUGGCAUCAAUUGGGGUCAAUUGUCUCUUCAGUUCAAUGGUGUAUUAGAACUCUGCUUUGCUUCUCCCACAUAGACUGAUGUUGGCAACAGACCAUCAUACAUGUUUAGCAUGAGCAGGUUUUAGCCUAUUAUAUAGGUGGACUGCAAGGCAUACUGAUAAUGGAGAUGAUUGCCUCACUACCACUAGUGCCAUUGGCGAGUGCCCCUGGUGGGUAUGGGAUUGUGUGGUUGUACACAUGCAACUCAUCCUUGGCAUAGAAUUGAGCACGUACUUUACAUGACAGCUGGUAGUGUGAUUCAGCACUCAUUCUCUCACAGUUAUCUUCAACCGAGAGCAUUGGACAAGGGGUUGUGCUGAUCAUGCCUCUGAUGACUUUCUCAUCGGCUUUAUGGAUGGCUCUCCUGGCAGGUGCCCUUUCACAGUUCGAUAAAAUAACGUCAUGAAAUUAGACGAGGGACCAUCUGUGAGCUCUGUCACAUUGAUUGUAGAGAAUUGAGAUGAAACCCAUAAGAGUUUCCUUUUAGGUUGUGAUGUUUAGAUGAUAGAAUUGUGACUAGGUGGAGAGUGGUGAGGAAAAUAAUAAAGAUGGCAGAUGAUAUUAUGAGAAUGGCAUCAGGUAGUGUAGCCAUGUCAGGGUCUAUAUGUAUUUACUUUUCACUGAUUUGCCCUCAACUUACAAUAAAUACAGAGUUUUUAGAAGUAUUAAUUUUCAGAUAUUAGGAAAUAUUGUUUUACAUAUGCUUGGAAAGGCUUCAGUUGAAGUCUUCCACAAUACAUGUUCAAAAUGUAGAAUGAUAACUGAGAAUGGGAAUGCAUACCUUCAGUGAGCAGGUGGUGGGAAGUACCAAUUCAUGUUGUUUCGGAGCAAACAAAAGUUUCCACAUGCUGGAGAUUCUGCAUUUGAAGUACAUUUUAACAACACAUUCAAAUAAUGUAAAGGAUAUUCUUUAAACUUUUAAAAGCAAAUUUCACACAGCAGCACAGGCAAAGGGAACUUAUUGGAAACUUAGUGUAACUGAUUGUGUGUGAUUAGGCAACAUGUUCUUAACCCCUCCGAGAAGCAAUGCAACAAAGACUAAAGAGAAGGAAGGUAGGCUGCUUUGCACCUCAAUAUUCAUCUUGCCAAGAUGUCCUGGCUUAUCGGUUAUAAUGCCUUUUGUCAUUGGGAUGUGGAUUUGCUUGAGAAAGAGGUUUAGGUGCUGUUUUUUACAGGUUGUAGUCAGUCUUAAUAGGAGAUGAUAAGUUUUGUAUGUGGUUGAGUUUCUGAAAAUACCAGAGUGCAGGAGGAGGUAUAACGAUAAUGAUCUUGAACCACCGUGUAGGGUGAUGCUCAUGCCUUAAAAUCAUUUGAGAAGAGGCAGGGCAUUCCAUUUUCAUCAGACAUUUUUUUAUCAAAAAAGAUUGAUCCCAAAUAUAUGAAAUUUAGGAUUUUAAUUGAAAUUUCAAUUAGAAAACUAUUACACUGGAGCAAACUAGUGUGAGCUGCAGAACUUAAAAGUCUAGCAAAGUUUAUGAAAGUUUCCUUUGAGAAAAAUUAAGAUGUUUAAUUAUAUUCUGAAGUAUAAUUAACUAACAUGUAAAAUUCAUAAUUAGUGGUAGAAUGGCAAAUGGCAGAUGAUUUUAGUCAUACUGACCUAGAAAUGUCAUUGCUUCCAGUUUUGAAAACUAAAAAAUGGCAGAGUUCAGAUAGGGAUGUGAUAACAAUUGGUAAAUUUACUUUCAUUUUUGCAACAGACAAGUAAGAGCGUGGUGUAGGUAGGCAGUGGAGACAUGGCCGUAAACCUUUGCACUGCCCAGCCAGUGUUGCUAAAGAUAGGGAAUAUGAGGUUAAUAUUUGACUUUUCUUGGAGUUUCAGUGCUUAUAAAUAAUGAAAACUAACAUUGCCUAAAAUCAAGGCAGGUUAAGCAACUGCUAUGGACUUAGCCACCAACAAUUUGAAUAAUCCCUCGGCCUUUAUUUAAUCUCCCUGUCUGAGUGACAGUGAAAUGCUGUCUUGUUACAUGACCAUUUUCCACUCAAAAAUGUUAAUCUGAACAAUGAUAUUAAUUAUGUCUCUCUCUCUCUCUUUUUUGUAUUGAUACCAUAGAAAAACAUUAUUGAUGAAUAUAUUUUUUAUUCUUAUUUUAAAAAGUCUUGUGCAUCAUUUGAAAAGAAUGAAGCUGGCAGAAAAGUUACUCUUGGCAUGCAUAGGAGUGAUAUCUUUGUGAUUCAAGAAUGUAGGUGUGGCUGACUGUGAUUCUUACAUAAGGAAGUCCAUAUCCCUUCAACCAUGAUUUUGUUUUCACUAACUUUGUUAGUGACUUCUUUAUUUAGAGUUUAUUGUCAUAAUUCUAGUAUGUAACUCAAAAUAUAUUUAUUUCUCUUA